AUGAACAAGCAGUAUGGUCUUCAGAUGACAUAUAUGCAAGCAUGGAGAUCGAAAGAAUAUGCAGUUCAAGUACUGAGAGGGAACCCAAGCGAAUCAUAUGAAAAGCUGCCAAGCUACUUUUAUAUGCUGGUUCUUACAAAUCCUGUGUCGGUGGUAAAUUUGAAAAAAACAGAGGAAGACUUGUUCAUGUAUGCUUUCGUUGCACUAUAUCCGUCUAUAAAAGGAUGGCAGUAUUGCAAACCGGUUGUUGUUGUAGAAGGAACUUUUCUUGAAUCGGCAUAUAGAGGAACAUUAUUGAUAGCAUCAACACAAGAUCCAGCAGGUAAUAUCCUACCACUCGCAUAUGCUAUAGUAGAUUCAGAGAAUAAUGCUUCCUGGGAGUGGUUUAUUGCGAGAUUCAAGGAUGCAUUUGGGGAAAGGGAGGGAAUGUGCAUAGUCUCGGACAGGCAUGAAGGCAUUGAAAAUGCAGCAGCAACAUUGUAUCCACAAGUACCUCAUUGUGUCUGCAUAUGGCAUCUAUGGAAUAAUGUAAAAAAAAAUUACAAAAACAAUCAUUUGCUGCUCAAAGACAUAUUCUUUGCUAUGGCCAAAGCAUACACAGUUGAGAAGUUUGAUUACCACAUGGCAGAGAACAUUGACAAUGACUUCAAACAUUGCGGAGUCGAUCAAUGCAGCGCUCAAGGCUGCUAG